CAAUCGGUUGCCUGUGCCUGCCUGCUCAUCUUAGUCGGCAGUUCUUUCCAUUUUUGGACUUUGUAGGUUAGCGAACGUGCGCUGCAUUAAUUAUACACGCAUGCACAUGACUUCUUAGUGGGUGUGAGGGGUGUGGGGGAGGAGGGUUUGGUGAAGAACAGUUGACUGCCGCUGUUGGUGGUUUGUACGUGUUUGGGAUGUUGCUAUCGAGUUUGUACCGGUUUUCUUCUCAUCCACCCUGAACAUAUCAUUCUGGUUCGCUCACUAGCUCUCCCUGUCUAGCUCACACUGAUUGCCGCACAACUGCUCCCUGCUGUGGGCUAAGUUGGGCCCGCUUGUGUGGCUUGCAGCUUAAAUAAAUUACACACUGCUGCUGUGAGUGCUUUGAGUGGCAAGCGUACCCAGCAGCACCAGCACCACCAACUGUAUUAUGCCCACACAGUGUGGUGCAAAACAGUGGCACAUAUGUUUUGUGAUGGUUCAAAUUCGCAGAUCUGCUUGGUUAGAUAUUUUCCUAAUUUAAUACACGCCUACUAUCAUCUCUUCUAGGCCUAACGACCGCUCAGGCCAUGCCUGUUAUUUCUGGCUUACUAGACUUGAUGAUACUACGUCAUAGUUGGAUAGUCUUGUCCUCACUACGGGGGAACGGAUUUGAACCCCGGUCCUGCCGUAUGAAGACUGGCGUCGUUGUCCCUCUACCACCGGGCCAGUUCGAUACUCACGCCUACUAUAGUGGCUUAAGUGAGUGUAGACGAACUUGAUGCAUGAAACAUGGCAUAAAGAACAUAUAAACGGCUUCUGCCGUGUAUUCUGCUCAUUACGCGUGGUCAAUUAUAACGAACUCUGCUGCAUUUAUCGAACUUUUGUACCGAACUCAACAAAAAAAUCGGAAGUCAGCUGACAGUUUAUGUGUAGAAUUCUUGGUAUUUGGAGUUCGAUAUGUGGAAACGCAAGAUCGCAGAUCGACGACAUUCUAUUCUCCGAAGAUCUCUUGUAUAUAAACAGCGAUUGAUCACUUAACGAUGCUUCGAAACAAGAUUUAUUUUUGAACACAGACGUUUUUAAGAAACUGUUUAAGAGUUGAAGAUAAAAAGUUGGGAUGAAGAGCUAUUUGGAGAGAUUUUCUCAGGACCAAUCUGACAAGUUUUUGUUGAAAUGUUGUCUAUAAGCCAACUGGUGAAGCAUUCCCAAGGUCCUUUUGAUACAAUAUGCGGGGUCGUUAUCUUAGGCGUCGAAUGACGCACCUCAGCUGUAUGUAUAUAGCCUUGUUGCUAACCUCUCGCGUCCAAUAGCUUAAACUCAUAGAAAUGUGUAUAAAGGUCGCGCACUUCGAAUGGUGUCAGAGCAUUUUUGCAUACCUAGUACGAGACGACGUUAACGCGCAUUUCGUACAUUCACCAGGAUUCGUACUGGUAGUAGUCAAAAAGUAGCCAAAUCUUUGCCAUUUUUAUAGACCAAAAAAAAAAAUCUCCAAUUCGUCCCACAACCCGCUCUGAAGGUAAUAAAAAUGGUGAGACUAGGUGUGCAUAGUGUGAGGUAGUGUUGGCAACACUAGUGCAGAACCGUACAACGAGUACGCACGGCGCAAGCCCAAAUUUGAAGGCGCCUUUCGCUGAAUUUUUUAUAACCUCCAAUUUCGACAAUUCCACAACCGUUUCCCGAACUUCUUUUCUUUCUACCCUUUUCUCUGCCAGCACAAGAAGAACGAAGAAUUGGAAUAACACACAAACAUAUAAAAAAACGCUGAAUCCCCACCCUACAACUCUAAAGGUUAUGGAGUAAGGGGAGGGCAAAUAAAGGAAAGGGUUUCCUUUUUUGUUGGCACGAAAAUGCAAAUGCACCACACCAUCGAACGGCUGCCGUUUCUGCUACCGUCUACCGUUGCGGGUUUGAGUUUUUUUUUCUGUUAGGAAGGAACCAUUCUACGAGAGAUGAGAAGACAGACAGCAGAAGGAAGAACAACCGGGGGGAGCAUUGCAUGCAAUUUGUUUUUUUUUCAUCGAGGAUUCCUCGUUCCUGUUUGUCGGGUUUCGGUGGCUCGUGGGUAAAAGUGGCGUUUGCGCAGUUUUUGUUGUUGAUGUAUUCGGAUGGAAGCACAUUCUUCCGCUCAUGUUUCGCUCCUGUUUUGGUGGAACCACCCUUGUCACAAUUCCUGACCUCUGUCUCUCAAGCACAGACUCACGCGGAAACCGACGCUCGUCCGCCUUGCGACACGAGUUUGCCGAAAAACGUAGCGAAAGUUGCAACUCGCGCGAACAGAGCAAACGAAAGAGAGAAAACACAUUCAUUUUUGUGCAAUUGCAUCUAGUGGAAGAUCGAGAGAGCGAGUGAGAGAGACAGAGAGAGAGAGAGAAAAUAAUUUUUUGUUUGUUAAUUAUUUCAAAGAUUGUUUAAUACUGUGUUAUUAAAAUCAAGGUUUUUACAUUUUUACAGUGCUUCUCAGGUCAUAAAACCAGUGUCAGAUUGUGUGUUAUGUCAAAAGGUAUUAUUGCUAUUAAAAUGAAGACAGUUAGUGUACGUACUGAAAAGCACUGCAAUUUAAUUUGUGUGUACUAAGUGCAUUUUAUAGCGCUCGUCUAGUAUGCAUACAGUGGCGGUCACAGUUGUAGCAAACACCACCAGUGACAGCUCGGUAUGUAAACGUAUUGUAAACAAAGCACGCGCGAAAAGAAGAAAAAAAACCGUCGCCAAAAGAGAAUGAGCGAAUGUGCAUAAAAAGUGGUUUCCUCUCACCGUUUGGCGUUUCCCUGAGAGCUUAAACGGACAUUUUCUCUCCGAGCAAAAAUUUACGCUCAUCGGAAGAGAGUAAAACUGUCGCGUGUUGUAUCGCUCCCAUGAUGCGCUGUUGGAAUGUGCGCGAUUUGGUUGUUGUUUUUGCGAUAUUCACGCGUCGCGACGAGAGAGAGAGAGAAAAAGGGCGAUAGUGCAAAGAGAGUGCGAAAGAGGGACAGAGAAAGAAAGAAAAGUUUGAGCGCGCGCGCACAUGAGAGAAAAAGAGUGCGUGACGCCGGGCGUUGCGAGAACGCGACGGAUCCGAUGACGCCGGUUAUGCGAUGCGUGCACCUUGUCGGUGUCAUUCAUUACGAGUCCAGACACCGUACGGGACGGAUGUCGUACGUCAGUUGCGCGCGUGCUUUCUCUCUUUCGAUUUUCGUGGGUUUUUUUUGUAGUGUGUCCGGUGUGUGAUCCUUCGAUAAUAGAAACCCCCGGCGUGUGUUGAGUGUAUAUCACGCCUGGUUCAAGUCUUGCAAAAAAACAGUGUUGCUUCGAGGUGAUGUUUCCUUGUGAAAGCAUUCUGUGUUGAGUUUUGAAUGCCAUGUGAUGUAUGGUUCCUCUGUGGAGUUCUGUACCAGUGGAAUGUGUAAAAUUUAGCUAGUGCGAAACGCAAGUGCAAACUGUGAAAGUGCCGACUGUAGGGGGCGCUGCAGUUGAAUCAUCUGCAACUGCAAACGAGUGAUAAUAAAGAAGUGUUGAUAGGUGCUAAAGAAGGAGAAAGAGAAGAGUGAGUAGGAGAGAGAGAGAGAAAAAAAAAUGAAGUGAAAUGAUCAUCAAGUGAUUAAUCGUGUCUGUAGGUCAAAGAAUGUAUAAUUCAACUAUCAACCCCAAGAGUUCGAUCCCUAGAGUCAUCCAGUAUCCAUAGAGGGUGUCAGAGGUCCUUGGUGAAUCUGAUACGAAGUGCAUAUAAUCACCGGCUCUGGCUCUGGGAAAGUUUCCGCAACAAUCAAACACUUGACAAGACUACUGCAGCAACAGCAGCAGUAGGGUGGUGUGGAAUCAGGCAGCAUGCCGUGUCCGACUGGCAUCAUCCGUGACUGUUACGUUGCCGGUCGUCCUUACAUCUUCAAUCAGAACAUACCUGCCGCACGGUGUCUGCUUGCGCGGGAAGGAACCGUAUCCCGUCGUACCUUCACGCUGCUAUAUGUUCCGUAGGGAGGCGAAACCUAUCCACCAUCACCAUCCCUACGGAACAAGGCGCUACUGCUCCUGACAUCGCUCUUUACGUACCACCGUAUCGAUUCCGGGUGCCGGGCCGUAGCGAACAAGAUAACGAUUACAGUUCGGAACGAACCGCCUAGCCGCACCCCGCAGGAAACUGCGGGACCGCAUAGCCCGAAAAAGCUGGGCAAAGCCGGUAGUGGAGGAGGAGGAGCCGGCAGCAGCUCCGUUGAGUGUAGUGUCCGUGGCACGGAAGGUGAAGCGGGUGGUGGUGGUAGUGGUAGGACGACCACCGGGUUAGGUCCUGGUUCGCCGACGAUGGCCGUCGGAGGCGCCACCUCCGCGUCCGGCGUCGGCACUGCUGCUGCGGCAGCUGCGACGGCGGCGGUGGCGGCAUCCGUCGGUUUGAGCAAUGCGGCCGGUGCUGCUGCUCUCGUGUCACCCGCCCAGAAUCUCACCCAGAACGCGCUGGCCGCAACCGUGACGGUUGUGAUACCGGCUGCUGGUAGCCCGGCCACCGGAGGAGGUAGUAGUACACCGGCGGUGACAGUCGUGGCUCACUCACCGACCAGUGCUGCGGCUGGCAAAACCGUUGUCGAACAGGUAAGCUUCAGGCAUUCGGGCUAUAGUGUGAAUAUCAGCAACACCAAUCAACUCAAGAGUAUGCGUGUAUUUUAUGUUUGGAAGAACGAGAGAGAGAGAGAGAGAGAGUACAUCAACGCUCAAUACUAACACCUUUCGGGUUUGUUGCGUGUGUCAGGGUGCUACCGUGUUUUGGAGCAUCACACGACGAAGUACACGCUCGAAAAUGAUUCCUCAACGACCUUACCUACACGCUUAUUAUUCUCGACUACGACUAGUGUACCGACUUACUUUAUCUGUGAUGUAUCGCAAUAGCUAGAAAGAAGGGAAUCAUGUUACGCCUCAUCAUGCGACAGAGCAUCGUAUCCGGAAGGAAGGCGUUGCUAUUCAUCCUUCCCGGGAUGCUUCCCGAGAAAGCUGGAUAAUGGACUUCUACCGUAUACAAACAAAAAUCACACACACACACACACACACACACGUACCAUUAAACAGUACAGCCUCCCAGUCUCACACACAGAGCCGGCGUGUUAAUUUGCCUGAUUGACUUCCUUGCCGAACCGCAGCAGCAGUAGUAGUAGGUAGCAUGAUGAUGAUGCGUGUACUGCUGCUGCUGCUGCUGCUGCGAGAGAGAGUGAUGUAUCACUUUAAAUAUUUAUCCAUCAUUUCGAAGCUGAAUGAAGCUUGUCGACACAGCACCCUCCCUAUUACCUGUGAUGCAAAACCAGUUGAAGGUUGACGGUAUAGGAGGAAGAAACAAAUGGAGAAAUGGAGGAACAAACAAACUACUGCAACGGGCAACAGAGAUAUUGGCACACACACACAACACAGCACAUACUGCUGAGAUGAACUAAAUGGAAAAGAAAACACAUAACACACAAGAAGACUCUCUUUACUCUGUGGUGUUUUGCCUGAGGAGUCAUUUUUAAU